UUGUGGUUCUGAGUGAAGUCAGGGGACAUUUGGGUUCAUCCACUUCCUUCAGUUUCCUAUGUAGGGCUGAACCACUUUAGUUUGAUAAAAGCAUGUGUGCCUGAGAGCAGCAAUUAACCAAGUAACCUAAGUCCUCUUUAGAGAGUCAGAAAUCAUGAGCAGGCCUACUCCUGACCACACCCGCACCCUAUUCCCAGUUCCUCUCCCUCUCAGAACAAACUGGUUCCUCCAGGGUUGGGAUGAGCUGAGUAGUGAGGCUAAGAGACAAGAGAGCAGCUGAUUUCCGCCGCCAGCAGAGGAGUGGUUCGCAGCUCAGCUCCGCGGGCUUUGCUGGCGCCCACAACUUGUUUACCCUGCACUUGGCUGGGGUUCAGGACGCCGGCGCCCCACCCUGCAGGAGCCUUCCCGGGAAGGCUCGCCCCGCUGCCCCGCGUGGAUCGCCCCAGCUCCUCGGCGUCUACCGCCUCCCCCGGGCAGGACAUAGAGCGCGAUCGGCGACGCCUGCAGCUGGGGGCGGCUCUUCUGAGGCCAGGAGUACCAGAAACAAACUAAAAGGUUUUGACCUGUAUUCCUGCUUCUACAAUCAAAGUGGAAUAAUUAGAAUCCAUCAAAAUGUCAGGUGUGGCCGCCACAGCCCCUGAGCAGCCUACAGAAGAAAUGGAAAAUCAGAUAAAAUCGCCAACCGCUGUACCCAAUGUUCCUCCUGACUACAAUUCUCAUUUUGUACCAGGCCCUGCUGGACCAGCUGCCCCUUCACCUGCAGUCUUGCCUAUGGGAUACUACAUUCCCCAGCAGCCUGGUGCCAUCCCCUUGUACCACCCCAUUGGCAGAACCCGUCCAAUCCAGUACCAGCCUGGCAAAUAUCCUUUGAUGAAUCAGCCUGCUGCCAUAAUGUGGAUGCCAGGGCCAGCUCCUAUGCCCAACUGCCCUCCUGGUCUGGAAUAUUUAGCUCAGUUGGACAACAUACAUGUUCUCCAGCAUUUUGAGCCUCUGGAACUGCUGACAGGUUUUCAAACUAAUAAUAGAUAUGAUAUCAAGAACAACAUGGACCAGAUGGUUUACAUCGUAACUGAAGACACAGAUGACUUUACCAGGAAUGCCUAUCGGAGCCUACGACCCUUUGUGCUCAGGGUCACUGACUGCUUGGGCCGAGAGAUCAUGACCAUGCAGAGGCCUUUCCGAUGUACCUGCUGUUGCUUCUGCUGCCCCUGUGCAAGGCAAGAGCUGGAAGUGCAAUGUCCUCCUGGGGUCACCAUUGGCUUUGUUGCCGAACACUGGAACUUAUGCAGAGCCUCUUACAGCAUUCAGAAUGAGAAGAAAGAGAGUUUGAUGAGGGUACGUGGUCCGUGUGCGACCUACGGCUGUGGCUCCGAUUCUGUUUUUGAGAUCAACUCUCUAGAUGGUGUGUCUAAUAUCGGCAGUGUUAUCAGGAAGUGGAAUGGCUGUUUGUCAACGAUGGGAAAUGCUGACCACUUCGAGAUCUGCUUCCCUUUGGCCCUGGACGUGAAGAUGAAAGCGAUGAUUUUCGGCUCUUGCUUCCUCAUUGACUUCAUGUACUUUGAAAGCUCUCCUGCUCCGCGACAUUCAUCAACAUAGAGGAUCAAGCAAAUCAUCAAUUGAAAACAGAAUUAGAGAAAUUUGCAUUCUGCUUAAACAUAGCCUUCAGUUAUUAGCAAGUAUAUUUCUCUGGCUUGACAUGUGUCCCAGUUGAGAACUUGGCUUCUUGGGACACUAGGUUAUUCUGAAAUCUCUACUUCAUUAGCCAAAUAAAUAUAUACAAAUACAAGCAUUACAACUAUAGGCACGUGAGCUACAGGAAAAUGAAGCCCUCGGUUGUCAACAGACCAUAAUACACCUUUUGUAUCUGUCCCUCUCUUCUUCAUCAGGACAAACUUGAUUCUGGGAGAGAGGAUAGCUACUCUUACUCUUCAUCUUUAGGAGCCAAAAGGUACACAGAAAUAAUGGGCUUUAAUGUGCAAAGAAAAUAUUUCUUGUGUGCAUGCACCAGAACAUCAAUCUGCAAUGUGCAUGAAAGUUCAUAAAGUUCUCAAUGGGGAAUUUUAUCUUAUUAUAAAAUAAAAUGUAUUCUCUUUAUAGGCAGUUUAUAUUUUCUGUGGGUAUUUCUUCAUCCCUCAACUGGGCAAUGUGGAACUACUUAUAUUUGAAGAUAGGAGGAAGGUACCAGAGAAAGUUGAUCUCUUACAAACCUUGUUAAUUUGCUUACCCAGCAGAUUUUGUAUGGACUUUCUUAUUUACACAUGCAUUAUAUCUGAAUGUUUAUCCUGAUCUCUGGAAUUGCCUAUUGUAUUUUUAUAUCUCAUUUGAUAUUUUUUUUCAAAAUCCAUUUAAUGACCAGGAUGUCCUUGUGACGAACAGUUUAUAAAUGCUGAAUGUAUAAAUCCGGUCAAUGCUUUAAUACUGCUUGUCUGAUUUACAUGCUAAAUAACUCAUUACAUACAAACAGUAAGAAAACACAGUAAAUAUGUUGCUUCCAUAUCUUCUCCAGAUUAUAAAUGAGGAAGGCCAGCAGACUACUUAUUUGUACUAAGGACAGUGUAUGUAUAAAUGCACUGAUUUGAUUAAUGAGUCUCAUGCCUUUGCUUUCGACCUCCACAUUGUGUGUCUGUGUGUGUGUUUAAUGGAUACAUUCUUUUACAGUUUCUUAUAACAGGAUUAAGUGCUCUUGGGUUGGGCUAUCCUUAGAGAAGUGAUUUAGCCAGCAGAUCUUUUUGAAAUAAAAGACAGGUGCUUCAGCUUUAUUAACUAAUGUUUUUAUGAGAACGAUUGUUUUCCUCAGUUACUUACUUACUGCUGUUGGCUUUUUAUGAAAAAAAAAAGUGAGUUCUCAACUAAAAACUAAUUACCACAUAUUUUAAAAUACACCUCUAAUUUUAGCUAGACAUACAUGGUUUCUGUAUGAUCUUUUGUAUCUUGCAUAUAAACCAUUCUGAGAGCUGAGGUAUACACCUGUCCUUUUACCCACCCACACCCCAUUCUAACACUUGCAUCUCAUUGAUAGUAAAGGUCAGAAUAAUUUACAUUUCUGUGCUUCAUACUUCAGUGUUUAUGAUGCUAAUAUUUCUCUAACAGCAAAAUUCUUUAAUAUAAUUCACGCAACUUCUGUAUCUCAGUAGAAUUUCAUUGUAUCACGACAUCCCACUGAACUAAAAAAUAAACAGAACUUGCUUUUUAAAA